AAGGUUGCUUCGCGCAUGAUCCCAAGAAUUUCGACCGAACUAGAUUUAGUAGGGUUGGCACGUUUCCCGGUUCAUGGUGUCUCGGUGGCCGGUGGAGACAAGGAAUACUGUUAUUCGGUUUUUUAUUUUAUCAAUGAGUAUUCCAUAAACUUACCUGCUUCUCUUCUGCCUGCGGAUCGAGAUAUGAUUUCAAGAUCCUUAUUAGUGUGGAUUUUCUUCGCGUUUGCAGCCGCCAACAAUUACGACGAUUUGAUUGUAGCUGUGGGCGAUCAGAUCGAAAUUCUCACCAAUGGAUCUCACAGCAAUCCACUCACGCUCAAAUCCUACAAUGCAUCCAUGCUAGUUGCUCUGGCGUACGAUCCAUCUUCACAAAGGCUAUACUUUUCUGAUAAGCGCAAUCGCCGUGGGCACGUGUUUAGCAUUAGUUUCGAUGGGAUCAGGGCUGAAGGAUCGGUUCGUGACGUCAUAGAAAGAAGUAGCAAUGAAUCUGUUGAAGCUUUGACCUACGAUAAUCUGGAGAAAGCGCUGUUAUGGACUGACGGUUCAAAACAGUCCAUUCGCCGCUUAGUGGUUGGUCGUGCAGACCUUCACGUAUACGAAAAUAACACGAUUGAGCUGGUACAUCUGCUUGAAGGGGAUAAACCCAGAGGACUUGUAUCAGAUCCUUGUACUCGAAUGUUGUUUUGGACCAAUUGGAACAUCGACCGCCCUACUAUCGAACGUUCACAUAUGAAUGGAAGCCAUCGAGAGAUUAUUGUACAGAAAGGACUGUUUAUGCCUCACGGUUUAGGCUUGGAUAUCAACCAGCAAAUGAUUUAUUGGGCCAAUAACCUUCGACAUGGAACUUUUCAAAUCGAAAGAAGUCAUGUUGACGGAUCGCGAAGGCAACUCAUUUACGAAGGAAAAGGGCACGAAAUGAGAGGACAAUUUAUCUUUGGUCUAACAGUGGGCGAACGUCACAUAUACUGGACCGAUUGGGAUCAAAAGGUACUUUGGUCUCUACCUAAAGAAGGAUCUAUCGAUGGACCUGUACCGCUACGCCGUUAUCGGCAUAAACCUAUGGCUGUGAUUGUCCUCCAGCGGAAUGCUGUUGUCUGCCCGAUUAUUCCGUCAAUGGAUAUCCACAAUUCAGCUGCCAAAAUAACAACUGAUUCGCCCACAGAUCAUGUAAUUGAAAUCCAUGACACCCAAGCUACAGGAAUCAAUUCGUCUGUAGUGUUAACUAGUACACUUCAAGCAAUACAGGUUAACACCGGUCCCGAUGGAAGUGACGCUGCAUUAUGUAAUGGUUACUGUUUGAAUGAAGGCCAUUGCUUUUACGUCAACGAUGAAAUCACCUGCAGUUGCCCGGAGAACUUUAUCGGUGAUCGUUGCGAAAUAGUAGACGCUGUUGAAAGCCCAUCGCACAAGACCUGUGAUGGGCUAUCUUUCGCUGGCGAGUACAGCGAAGUUUUCAUUGCGCUGAUCAGCACGUCAAUUAUGUGCGUCGUGUUGAUUAUCACGGUCAUAAUCCUGAGUUUACGUGUGUGGCGAUUGAGUUCGUCCCGUUCCCGCUUCAAGAGAAGAAUAAUCCGACAAGCUAAACAUCGCCAACCUGCCGAACGUGUCAUCAACAUUGAAGAUUGCUGUAAUAUGAAUAUCUGCGAAACGCCAUGCACUGAGCCGCCAUCAGGUGCGACUUUUCCUGGGCAGUGGAGCGACAAAGUCAAUUUACUUAAUUGCCAAUUUUAAGAUGGGAUUCGAACACUGUAUACCCUUCCCCUUGAAGUUAAUGCCUUUGCAGCAUCAUUUUUGUUCCCAUGUGAUGAAAUCAGAGUUGUAGAGUAGGUUCAUAGUGGAAUUCAGGGAUGAAUCAACUUAAUUUCGACCAUCUCAUCUACCUAGUAUCUCUAACAAGUGGAACCAUGAGAUCGACGAAGACUUAGUUGCAGGAGACUCCCCCCUCCUCUCAAUUUGUGCGCACACUGCCACCAUACCACUCGUCAAAUCAAGCAACUUCAUCCAGUCAAGUUACGUAUCAAACUCGGCACUCCUCUAGGUGUUUCAAACUCAAGUAAAAACAGUGCAAUAAUACUAAGAAAUGAAAACGAAAAAUUAUGAUAACAAUAAUAACCGAGUGGAGCAACAAAGGCGGCACUCACCCGUAAGAUGUGGGUAGUGAAUUUUUGGCCUUUAUUGCUUUACUCCUGUUAUUAUUAUUGGCAUUCUAAGCAAAAUUUGCACUUUUUCAUUUAUUUUUCUGUUUUUUUGUUGCAAAAAAAUGUUUUUUUUUUGUUCCGUUCCUCAUUGUAUCACCAAUUUUUCUGUAGAUCCUCUAUAGGAUGUCGUGAUAGCAAUAUUCCAGUCCCUUUUAAAUCUCCCAUACCAUCCCUAUCGGUUUCAAAGAGACUGGAUUAUUAACCAUGUUUAUUAUCGUAUCAUCUUCUUUUUUUAUUUUUAAAAAAUAAAUUAAGAAGGGAUGUUUUUUU